AUGUUGAUUAAAGAUAAUGUAAUAAAAAAAAUUAUUUUUUAAAAAUAAAAACAAGAAAACAUUAAACAAACAAGUUAAAUUAAAAUUUAGAAUAAUCAUGAAAACUUAAAAUUAGAAAAAGGAAAUGAAAAUGAAAAUAUUUUAAAUAUAAAUAAAGCAAACAAAAAUAAUGAAUAAUUAAAAAAUUAAUAUAAUAAUGAAAAUUAAUAAUCUUAAUAAUAGCUUUAAUAAUAAAUAAACUAAUAAAAAUAAAAAAGAUAAUAACUGUGUAUAAAUGAAUAAAAAGAUUAAAUAAGCAAUGUUUAAACUGAAUUCUAAUAGAAUUAAAUAUAAAAUCAAAAAUAAAAUGAAAAAUAAAAUAUAACUAAAAGAUAUAUAAAAACCGAAUUAAUUGAUAGUGGAACGUAUGGAAAAGUAUUUAAAGCGUUAGAUAUAUCUACAGGAAUUAUAGUAGCUAUAAAAUAUAUUAAAGUAUCAGAUUAAUUUGAAUAAGUUAAAAAAGAAAUAAUUUAAUUAAAAUAGGAAAUAUAUUUAUUGAAAAAACUAAACCACCCAAAUAUUGUAAAAUAUUAUGAUUUUGAAAUUUGUGAUGACAAAUCAGAUAUAAUAUUAGAAUAUAUACCUUCAGGUUCAUUAAGGAGAUUAUUAAAUAAAAAAGGUAAAUUUGAUGAAUAUACUACUGCUAUGUAUACAAAAGAUAUUGUCAAUGGUUUAAUUUAUUUACAUAAUAAUUAAAUAAUUCACAGAGAUUUAAAAGCUGCAAAUUUACUGUUUGAUAGUUCAGGAAUGAUAAAGCUUACAGAUUUUGGCACUGCUACUUAAUAAAAUUAUAUAUAAAACUAUGAAAAUAUAGGCUCAUAUAAUAAAUCUUUAAAAGGAUCUCCUAAUUGGAUGGCUCCAGAGGUUAUUUUAAGAACAGGUCAUACUUUUUCGGCUGAUAUAUGGAGUUUAGGAUGCUUAGUUAUUGAAAUGUUAACUGGAAUACCUCCAUAUCCUAAUUUAACCAUAAAUGAAGUUUUUAAAAGUAUUGUUAAUAAAGGUAUUCUUUUUUUUUAAUGA